GAGCCGUGCGGGGGAUGGUCCGGGCCCUGCGGCCCCAGCAAGGGGCGAGCGGACAGCCGGUCGGCUAGUUGGGCAAUAGGAAACGGUUUAUUAGGAGGGAGUGGUGGAGCCGGGCCAGGCAGGAAGACGCUGGAAUAAGAAACAUUUUUGCUCCAGCCCCUUUCCCAGUCCCGGGAGGCCGCCGCGCCAUCCGCGCAGAGCGAGCCCCUCCCGGGUCCCAGCGCCGUCCAGGGCUGCACAAGACCCGCGCCGCCGUCCAGCCCUCGCUGGGCUACCGCGGCCUCUGCCGGGGAAGGGGACGUGCCCGGCCCGCUGCCCGCAGGGCGGGUCCAGAGGGACCAUGAUCUUGGACCCCCCCAGGAGAGGCCUUCUGAUGUUCCUGAUGGCCUUGGGCCUGACCCAGGGUGACCCCAUGAAGCCCUCUCGGGGUCCGCUGGUCACCUGCACCUGUGAGAGCCCACAGUGCAGGGGGCCUACCUGCCAGGGGUUCUGGUGCACAGUCGUGCUGGUGCGGGAGGAGGGCCGGCAGCCCCAGGAGCACCGGGGCUGCGGGAGCCUGCAUGAGGAGCUGUGCCUGGGGCGCCCCACCGAGUUCGUCAACCACUACUGCUGCUACAGCAACCUCUGCAACCACAACGUGUCCCUGGUCCUGGAGGCCACCCAAAUUCCUCCGGAGCAGCCGAAGGUAGAUGGGCAGCUGCCUCUGAUCCUGGGCCCUGUGCUGGCCUUGUUGGCCCUGGGGGCCCUGGGGGCCCUGGGCCUGUGGCAUGUCCGGCGGAGGCAGGAGAAGCAGCGGGUCCUGCACAGCGAGCUGGGCGAGUCCAGCCUCAUCCUGAAGGCAUCCGAGCAGGGGGACAGCAUGCUGGGGGAUCUCCUGGACAGUGACUGCACCACAGGCAGUGGCUCAGGACUCCCCUUCCUGGUGCAAAGGACAGUGGCACGGCAGGUGGCCCUCGUGGAGUGUGUAGGCAAGGGUCGCUACGGUGAGGUGUGGCGUGGCCUGUGGCAUGGAGAAAGCGUGGCCGUCAAGAUCUUCUCUUCAAGGGAUGAACAGUCCUGGUUCCGGGAGACUGAGAUCUAUAAUACAGUGCUGCUCAGGCACGACAACAUCCUCGGCUUUAUUGCCUCGGACAUGACCUCCCGCAACUCGAGCACGCAGCUGUGGCUCAUCACGCACUACCACGAGCACGGCUCCCUCUACGACUUUCUGCAGAGGCAGACACUGGAGCCGCAGCUGGCCCUGAGGCUAGCUGUGUCGGCUGCCUGCGGCCUGGCUCACCUGCACGUGGAGAUCUUUGGCACGCAGGGCAAGCCGGCCAUUGCCCACAGAGACCUCAAAAGCCGCAACGUCCUGGUCAAGAGCAACCUGCAGUGCUGCAUCGCUGACCUGGGCCUGGCUGUGAUGCACUCCCAGGGUAGUGAUUACCUGGACAUCGGGAACAACCCACGAGUGGGCACCAAGCGGUACAUGGCCCCCGAGGUGCUGGAAGAACAGAUCCGCACUGACUGCUUCGAGUCCUACAAGUGGACAGACAUCUGGGCCUUUGGCCUGGUGCUAUGGGAGAUUGCCCGUCGGACCAUUGUCAACGGCAUUGUGGAGGACUACAGGCCACCCUUCUAUGAUGUGGUGCCCAAUGACCCCAGCUUUGAGGACAUGAAGAAGGUGGUGUGUGUUGAUCAGCAGACCCCCACCAUCCCCAACCGGCUGGCUGCUGACCCGGUCCUCUCAGGCCUGGCUCAGAUGAUGCGGGAGUGCUGGUACCCCAACCCCUCUGCCCGCCUCACUGCACUGCGAAUCAAGAAGACACUGCAGAAAUUGAGCAACGGUCUUGAGAAGCCCAAAGUGAUUCACUAGCCACAGGCCUGAAGUCCGACUCUCCUCUGCCUGCAGUGCAUGUGGGGUGGGGAGGCAGACGGUGGCCCAGGGGCGGCUGUGCCUGCCGGCUCAUCUAGCCAAAAAUACAGCUGGGCUGAAACCCGAUCUUCCGCCGUCUGGCCUGCUCAAAGCAGCAGGCUCCCUGACGCCUGGCUCCCUUCUCACCCUUAUGCCCCGGGUGCAGUCCCUACCACCCCCAGGACAGGAUGCGAAAGAGGCCCCAGAGCCAGGGUGGCCAGGCCAGGGAAUCCCAGUCGUGGGCCUGGAGCCCAGGUCUGCACUUUUCCCCCUGCCCUCGGUCAACCCCGCUGCCCCACCAGAGCUGCCAGGGUGACGCAGGGUUCUCUCUAGCCUUCAGGACACAUCCUGCCUCUGGCAUCAGCCCCACACCCACAGUCCAUCAUUUCCUCUCUGUGGGCUUGUCCGGGGUCUCUGUCUCCUGGACAUGACCCCACCAGCCGAGUGCCAGCCGCCUGGGAGAGCUGGGGCCCUCCCUAGCUCACUUCUUAGGGCGUUAAACCCAAGGAAUCCUGCUGCAGCCAUGGCUGGGUUGGAGGACUGCAGAGAGGUAGUUGGUCAGACGGGGGAGGCCCAGCACCUUCAGAACAACGGGGAGAUGCUAAAGCCAAGCACAGCUGGGGAAAGGCUCAGCUGGGAGUCAGGAGACCCAUGUUUUGGUCCUGGGCAAUUGCUCUAUGGGACAAGAAUGAAGUCUUCACUGUCUGGAACCUCUGUUUCCUCAUCUACCUAUUGCAAGAUUCAGUCCUGAUGUCCUUUGA